CUUAUCUGUGCCCGACUGCAUGCUGGCCCCGCCCCCUGGAGGGAGCUGCACUUGGAAGCUCCUGGUCAGCUGUGUCCGGCAGCUGCUGCUGACCCAGCUGUGGACUGGGGGAAAGAGGAAAGGGGAGAAGAGGCGGGGGGACACGGAGGGGCUGGCGCCCUGGGCUUCCCGAAGCUGGGGCUGCGUCAUGGACCACCUCAGGGCGCCCCUCUGGCCUCGGGUUGGCCCGCUCUGUCUCCUCCUCGCUGGGGCAGCCUGGGCUCCCUCACCCAGCUUCCCGGACCCCUUUGAGAGCAAAGCGGCCCUGCUGGCAUCCCGGGGCACCGAAGAACUUCUGUGCUUCACCCAGCGGUUGGAGGACUUGGUGUGUUUCUGGGAGGAAGCGGCGAGCUCCGGGAUGGGCUUCAACUACAGCUUCUCUUACCAGCUCGAGGGUGAGUCACGAAAGUCAUGUCGCCUGCACCAGGCGCCCACGGUCCGCGGCUCCGUGCGUUUCUGGUGUUCACUGCCCACCGCCGACACGUCGAGCUUCGUGCCGCUCGAGCUGCGCGUGACGGCGGCCUCCGGAUCUCCUCGCUACCACCGCAUCAUCCAUAUCAAUGAAGUUGUGCUCCUGGACGCCCCCGCGGGGCUGCUGGCGCGCCGGGCAGAGGAGGGCAGCCACGUGCUGCUGCGCUGGCUGCCACCUCCUGGGGCACCUAUGACCACUCACAUCCGCUACGAGGUGGACGUGUCGGCAGGCAACCGGGCAGGGGGCACCCAAAGGGUGGAGGUCCUGGAAGGACGCACUGAGUGUGUCCUGAGCAACCUGCGCGGCGGGACGCGCUACACCUUCGCUGUUCGAGCGCGCAUGGCCGAGCCCAGCUUCAGCGGCUUCUGGAGCGCCUGGUCUGAGCCUGCGUCGCUGCUGACCGCUAGCGACCUGGACCCUCUCAUCCUGACGCUGUCUCUCAUCCUCGUUCUCAUCUCGCUGCUGCUGGCUGUGCUGGCCCUGCUGUCCCACCGCCGGAUUCUGAAGCAGAAGAUCUGGCCUGGCAUCCCGAGCCCAGAGAGUGAGUUCGAGGGUCUCUUCACCACCCACAAGGGUAACUUCCAGCUGUGGCUGCUCCAGCAUGAUGGCUGUCUGUGGUGGAGCCCAAGCAACUCCUUCCCAGAGGACCCACCUGCUCACCUGGAAGUCCUCUCAGAGCACUGCUGGGGGGUGACACCGGCAGGGGAACCAGGUGCAGAUGACCAGGGGCCCUUGCUGGAGCCGGUGGGCAGUGAGCGUGCCCAGGACACCUACCUGGUAUUGGAUGAGUGGUUGCUGCCCCGGAUCCCAUGCAGUGAGGACCUCUUGGGAUCCGGGGACAGUGUGGACCCGGUGACUAUGGAUGGAGGCUCAGAAGCAUCUUCCUGCCUGUCUGACUUGGCCUCAAAGCCCAGGCCAGAGGGCACCUCACCUUCCAGCUUUGAGUACACCAUCCUGGACUCCAACUCUCAGCGCCUGUACCCUCGGGCACUGCCUCCGGAGCUGCCUCCCACGCCACCUCACCUGAAGUACCUGUACCUUGUGGUGUCCGAUUCGGGCAUCUCAACAGAUUACAGCUCCAGGAGCUCCCAGGGAGUUCAUGGAGACUCGUCCGAUGGCCCCUACUCCCAUCCCUAUGAGAAUAGCCUGGUCCCGGACCCAGAGCCUCUGCACCCCAGCUACAUGGCUUGUUCCUAGGACUCCAGCCUAUAAGAUCCCAACCCCCCAACUUCUUGAACAAGGUUGGUGAGGACAUACUUAAAGUCACAGCUCACCUUGGCCCUCUGCCCAGCCCAGUCCUGCCCAGGAAGUGACAGCCUUGCACUGUUAAGAUGGACAGUUAUCUGUGUACAGAAAUAUAUACAUAGCGAUUUUUCUACCA